AUGAGUGACCGGAGCACUGAUCCAGGGCGGAGCCGCGCCGAACACGGUUCUAGCCGGCACGAACUCGGACUGGAUGACAGUGGCCAGAACCAGGAUUGGCGCCACCUCCCAGUCGCGUUGUCGGGAGGCUUGUCGGGCGUGGUGGCCUGCACCAGGCCGAGCCUGAAAAAGCCCGAGAGCCCCCUCGAGCUGUUUUGCCACGAGCAGCAGCGACACGAGCGCAUCGCAUUCAUGAUGCGCGGGGAUGACCACGUCUCCAACUGGCCGAUCGACGCGCACGGCACCACCCGCCAGGCACCAUUCGAGACGCAGGCAGAGGACUACCGCCAGCAUGAGGACAUUCUCAUGAAAGACUCCGGGGAGGCCGCCGCCCCGAAGAGCAAACACACGAGCUCACCUUUUCGAGUCGAGCUCGAGGUCAACGGUAGCGAUAACUCGGAGAACGACCCGCACCUUGAGGCGAUCAGAAUUGCAGCUCGCAUCAAGACUGAGAGGAUACAACGCAAAGGCCAGCGAGAGUGCCGCGAAGGCAGAGUGCGGAAGAAGAUACGAAUGGCGAAGAGGACGCAGCCAACCGAGCCUGGGUGA